UCACAUCGUUGACAUUGAAUAGUUUUUCUAAUCUUUUUAAUACUUAGAUUUGCAUACUCCAUCGCUUCCUACAUUCAAAUCCAGGUCGUGAUCGGCAGUUUGCACCAACCCAGGCUAGGGUUUUAUUCUAUGCGUCCCUUUCAAUCGGAUUUCACAAAGAAGGAUUCAACCAUUAUCGCGGUCAACAAUUGAGGUUUCAGAAUUCCUUUCAAUCGAUUGAGAAUUGAGUAUUCCCUUAUCGCGGUCAACCACUCGAUUGAUAGCCGGACCAGAGUGCUACGGCAGCCCCAUCUCCGCCACACCACUCCCUGUGUUCGAUUGAUAAUUCGCAAUUGGUUUUAAGAUGGAUACGAGUUGGAUGUCAUUACCAAGAGCUACUACUGAAUAUGAAAACGGUCUUGACAAAUUUCUUGAUUUUAUCUUUUCUACCGAGGGUAAAAAUGGUCAAAUAUCAUGUCCAUGCAUUGAUUGCGGUAAUCAAAUAUGGGUUGAUCGGGAGGAGGCUAGAACGCAUCUCCAAUGUGUCGGGUUUAUUAAAGGCUACAGGAUUGCACCUUUUAUUUCCGAAUCAUGUGAAACUCCUAUGUUGGAUGCGGAAGAUGACAUGCAAGGGUUGGUGCAUGAUGCAUUCAACGAGUUUGGUGAGAACAGACAUGAAAAUGAUGAAAGUCAGAGUAUGCCAAACACAAAUGCGAAAAAGUUUUAUAAAGCGUUAGAAGAUGCAAAGAAAGAAUUAUAUCCUGGGUGUAAGAAGUUCUCGGUUCUUUCUUUUAUCAUUAGACUAUUUCAUAGUAAGUGUAUUGGGAAAUGUAAUGACAAGGGUUUCAGCAUGAUGCUUGAUACAUUGAGGGAAGCCUUCCCAUAUGCUUCCAUACCGAAGUCAUUGUAUGACCUAAGGAAGAUAAUAAGUGAAUUAGGACUUAGUUAUGAUAAAAUUGAUGCAUGUCCUAAUGAUUGUAUGCUGUACUGGAAAGAAAACAGUAAGAAAACAGAAUGUGAUAUAUGUCAUAAGUCAAGGUAUAAAGCAAAUGAAAAUGAUCCUGAUAAUGAGGUAACCAUAGCUGAUACGGAUAAGAAGAUUAAGAAGAUUGGAGCAAAGGUUUUACGUCAUUUUCCGCUCAUACCGCGGCUGCAAAGGUUGUUUAUGUCAUCUAAAACUGCUGCCUCAAUGAGAUGGCAUGAAGAGAGUCGCACGAAAGAUGGUUACUUGAGACAUCCUGCUGAUUCCCCAGCUUGGAAAACAUUUGAUUUUAAUUAUCCUGAUUUUGCCGGUGAAUCUCGUAAUGUCAGGCUUGGUUUAGCGAGUGAUGGGUUUAACCCUUUUAGAACAAUGAGUGUUUCUCAUAGUACAUGGCCUGUUGUUUUGAUGCCAUAUAAUCUACCUCCGUGGAUGUGCAUGAAACAACCUUAUUUCUUGUUAUCUUUACUUAUACCUGGCCCAUUAGCUCAUGGGAACAAUAUAGAUGUUUAUAUGGAACCAUUAGUGGCUGAGCUACAGGAGUUAUGGGAUAUUAAUGGAGUAGAGACUUAUGAUGCAUCGACAAAGAGUAACUUUCAGAUGCGUGCUUCUUUGUUAUGGACGAUAAGUGACUUUCCUGCUUAUGCGAAUUUAUCCGGAUGGAGCACAAAAGGAAAACUUUCAUGCCCUUGCUGCCAUAAACAUACAAAAUCACAACGCUUAACUCAUGGCAACAAAUAUUGUUUCAUGGGACAUCGUCGAUAUCUGCCAGGUGAUCAUGCUUUUCGAAAAGAUAAGAAGUCUUUUGAUGGCACAAAAGAAAUGGGGAGGCAACCACGUGGCUUAACAGGAUCAGAAGUACUUGAUGAGCUAAAUGGUUUUGAAAUUAAAUUUGGAAAACUUGUGACGACCAACCCUGAUCUACCAUUUAACUGGAAGAAGAGAAGUAUUUUUUUUGAGUUACCAUACUGGAAAACUAACUUGCUACGCCAUAAUCUAGAUGUAAUGCAUAUUGAGAAGAAUGUUUGUGACAGUGUCGUUGGAACGUUAAUGAAUCUAGAUGGAAAGACCAAGGAUCAUUUAAAAGCACGCCUUGAUUUGCAAGAAAUGGGUAUUAGACCUGAACUUCAUCCUAAAGUUCAGAAUAACAACAAAGUGUAUUUGCCACCUGCUUGUUUCUCAAUGGAUAAAAAAGAGAAAGAUAUAUUUUGUCGCGUUCUUAAAAAGGUUAAAGUUCCAGAUGGUUAUGCAGCUAAUAUAUCAAGAUGCGUAGAGUUAAAACCUCCAAAACUGUUUGGCCUUAAAAGUCAUGAUAGCCAUAUUUUGAUGCAGCAGUUGCUUCCCAUUGCUUUGCGAAAUGUGUUACCUAAGCACGUGCGUUAUCCUGUGAUGAAGCUAUGUCGUUACUAUAAACAGUUAUGCUCAAAAGUUCUUAAUCCAAAUGAUUUGGUUCAAAUGGAAAAUGAGAUUGGAAAAAUCCUUUGUGAUUUAGAAAGGAUUUUUCCGCCAUCAUUCUUUGAUGUCAUGGUUCAUCUUUCGGUUCAUCUUGCUUCAGAGGCCAAAUUAGGAGGGACAGUUCAUUACCGUUGGAUGUAUCCAAUCGAGAGGUAUUUAUCUACAUUAAAAUCUUACGUCAAAAAUAGGACUAAACCCGAGGGUUCCAUUGCAGAAGGAUAUUUAGCUGAAGAAUGUUUGUCAUUUUGUUCAUUGUACUUAUCAAGUGAUGUUGAGACCAUACAUAAUAAGACAAGUCGAAAUUAUGAUGACGGUGGUUUCGAGGAUAUUUUACCUAUCUUUUCUAUGUCGGGCCGGCCGAUUGGUGCUACAGUGGUAGAGAUACUUGACCUUGACAUUUUGGCUAAAGCACAUUCAUAUGUGUUAUUCAAUUGUAGUGAAGUUGAUGAAUUUCGAACAGAACAUCUGACGAAUGUUCGUCAUGAAAAUCGGAAAUUACGUGAGCGUGAGAUUCAACGUUUACAUAGUGAGACUUUUGAGUCGUGGUUUCAAGAUCAUGUGUGGAAUAGACAUAGAUGUUGAGGAGCUGCAUACUAGAGGGGAUCAUAGAAUCACGGAAGAUCUAAGAAACUUGGCAAGUGGCCCAGCUGAGUUUGUGAAAAAAUAUAAGGGAUUUAUCAUAAAUGGUUUCCGAUUUCACACAAAAGAUCUGGAACAGAAUAGGAAAACACAAAAUAGUGGAGUUAUGCUUGAGGCCAUGACUAAUAGCUUCUCAAGUGCUAAAGAUAACAAUCCUAUCGUGGGAGAUGUAACAUACUAUGGGGUUUUGAAUGAUAUCAUUGAGUUGGAGUAUGCUGUUGAUAGGAAAGUAGUUUUGUUCCAUUGUGAUUGGAUCUCGAAUGGUUCAAGGAAAAAGCAAGAUGAGAAUGGGUUUACUCUACUCAAUUUUGAAGGUUUGAACCCUCAUAACGACCCUUUUAUACUAGCUUGUCAAGCACAACAAGUAUUUUAUGUUGCAGAUCGUGUUGACAAAGGAUGGAAAGUUGUGAUCAAGACAACGCCUAGAGAUUCUUAUGACAUGAAUGAACAAACAUGUCUUGAGAAUGUGGAAACACAUUUGCAGAGUGACACAUCUACGGGUCCUCAACUUGAUGAAAAUAUGAAUAUUGAAUUGGUUAGAAGGGGUUUAAAUGGGACCAUUGUUGACAAAAAUACCUUAGUUUUUGACGGAGAUGAAGAUCUAUUUGAAGCUGCUUCAUGAUUUCAAUUAGUUAUUUAGGGGCUGUUUGGUAGCCUCUUAAUAGAACCAUCCUUGUCGUUCUUUUCUCUCCAUCCACCCUUUACCCUCCUCGUUCAGUCACACGCCGUCCAUCGAAUUCAGGCUUAUCGCCAGCUCUAAGGCAACUUUCACAAUUUUGAUGAUGAAGGCCAGCUGCUCUUCAUGCACUAGGCCAAAGAAUGAGCAGGCCUUUUGUUCCUUCUAUAUAGAAACUGUGACAUCAAUGUGACCGGCCAAAGAAUGGCAGAACAGUUUGUAAAGGGAACAAGUCGCAACAGUUCAAAUCAAUGCUGAUGAUCGCUAGUUUAUUAUGGAAGUCUUUGUACUGGUUGGUUGGUUUAUAUAUUUUAUCUGCUGUGAAGCUUUUAAAUACUUGGGAGAUCAUGUUUGGUUAUACAAAAUUUGACAGUAAGAUACUAACAAUUCAUAAGUUGGGAUAUGGAUAUCGAUACUUUAUUAAAGAUACAAUUUAUAGACUUUUUUAUUUCA